GUGUUAAAUAAAUUUUUAGAUUUGAUUUGAAUUGUUCAAGAACAAUUUCAAGUUUCAACGAUGGGUGAUGAAAAAUUGUGGACAGUGGGUGGUUGAAUUUGGCUUUUUAAUUCAGCGGGUGAAAUUGUGGGUUGCAUUCUUCCAUAAUUAAUUAGAUAAUUUCAAGGGUGAUGGUAUUUUCAAGGGUGGCAAUUGUAAUCCAGCUGAAGUAUUUGAGAAGAGUAAAUUGAGGGCAUGGGAGUGGUUGUGGGCCAGGAAUAAGGAUUUCCUACAUGCUCUUGGAGAAUGGUAUAAUGAUCCACUUGCGUGUAUUGCUGAUAUGAGUUGAGGAUGAUAUUGCUGUAGCAGGAAGGAAAAUUUGAAUCUGAUUAAUGAGUGAUAUGGUUUUGAUGUUAUUGGAAAGGUCAAAGGAGUAGUAAGGUAAGGUAUGAAUGGAUGCAGCGUGUUUAAAUGCUGGGAGGCUCUGUCAUCUAAAUUUCAAUGGGCAUGGUGCGGACUAGAAGUGCAUCUUGGAAUUCAUGAAGCUUUGUUAUACAUUGUUGGGAUUCAUUAGCGAUAUUGGGGGCAUGGUCUUGACAGCAAUAUGAUAUGUGGCUUUUAAUUGUGAGGAUCUAUGUGAGAAGAAGGUUGAUAGUUUUGCAGGGUUCAUUCUUGGGCAUUUGGCAGAGUUGCGUUAGCUUAAUUGGUUGGUGAAUUUCCAUAGCUGGAAUUGCUGGUGUUAGGAAUUAGCUUUGUCAUUUGAAGAUGGCCUAGACUAUAGUGCUUCUUGGAGAUAUCUCUUUGGCUUAACUUUUGAUCCAUGGAAGAUAGUGAUGAUGAUGAGGUUUAUUUGGAAACUGCAAGUGAUGAAGAGGAGCUUGGCUUUUCAUCUGCUUCCAUGCCCAAGUUGCAGUUCAGGAAUGUGAAAUCCAAAUGCAGAUGGGAUGAAGAGAUGGGAAUGGCUGAAGUCAUUGAGAAGAGUGGGAAAAUGUGGGUAACAACUGGAAUAGUUCGCGGUGGCAAGACUUAUUCUUCAAUUGAAGAGACUUUGUAUCUCAUGGAACUAGGGGCCUUAGAUCUCUUUGAUAAUAGUGAUAGAAGUAUAUCUCUAAUAGAAAUGUAUGAAAAGGUUGCUGGCGGGAAGAGUGGAUGUUGUUGGGAGCUGUUUGAGGUUUACAGGCACCUCAAGUCUCUUGGCUACAUAAUUAGGCGGCAUGAUGUUGCUUGGAGUUUGAAGAGUGUUAGAAGUUCUCAUAAUCCUAUUGCUCUUGAAGCCACAGAAGAAAGCAGUCAACUAGAAGAAAUGGGUUCCAAAGUUGAGCUUUGUAUCAAUAAGUUAUUUGGUGAGUUGAAGAUUAGUGAUGUGAAGCCAGAUUUUGAUAUUUAUCUUCCAAACAGCAGGUUUAGAAAGUCUUCUCCUGGUGAUCCGAAUUUUUUGCUGUACUUGUCCAGGAGUAAUCCACCAUCUAGAGCAGAAAUUGAAGCCCUUGAGAGACAAUGUGAUGGCAUUCCUUUGAAAAUCUGCCUGGUCACAGAGGGAAGGGUCAGUUUCUUUUCCUUUGACAAGGUUGAACUUCCUGUUCUACCAUGAACUUUUGGCAACAAGCCUACAUUUUCACUCUGGGCCUAAAGGGAAAGAUGGCAAAGAUAAGAGAAUACCUAUGUAGGAUCCAUUGAUGUGCAAAAAAGCUUCAGAAGCUGUACCUUGUGCUGCAAAGGCUCAGAUCACAACCAGCGCUUGAUUUUGGUCAAUCUGAUCAUGAUUGAUGCAGGCCCAUGUAACUGUUGAUCAUAUAUAUGCUGAAGUUUAUAAUGUCUUGAGUUGGAUGGAUGGGGAUUUAUUAUUAGAGCAAAAACAAGGAUACUGCAUAUGUUCAAUCUAUUAUUCUAACUUGUUGUGUUAAUUUCAUUAACAGUCUGAUCUGCUUUCUAUGCAGUUACUUUAGAAGACCCAAAUUCUAUAAUCACUUGUUCUUUUUUGGUUUGCUAUGUAACCUUUGUAGAAGAAAUUGGUAAACUAUGGAUGAAUUGGUGCUUCCUCCUCUUUAGACAGUUGUAGUCCAUAUUGAAUAUGGUUUUGUAUGCAUGAUUUUACUAAUGCACACAACAUUUUUCUAGCUUUUCGGGAA